GGACACCGCUUGGCUACAAAAACCGUUGCAUCAGCCUUCGAACUGAUCGUUCUUCUGUAAGAAAAAAGUAUGAGGAGAAGGUAUUGAUAUGUGUGACAUUCCUGGAAUUGUCGUUCUGAUGAUCCAUGCAGCCGUCGCGCCCGUCUUAUGAAGUUGCAAGCGGACAAGCUUUGGUUGGAUGCUAUCAGAUCACAUCACCAUUAUUCAACAGUGAGAUUCGUUCAGGAUGCCAGUCUUUGGGCUCCGAACCCACUCCGGAGCAAUACAUCAGAGUGCAAACUCCGUUGUUGUGAUAUGCUUAAAUCGCGUCGCGUGUCUAUUAAUGCAGGUGCGAACUUCUAUAACCUGCAAUGCAAAUAUGGGGAAGCAGAGCCCCUUGCAGCUAGUGUCUGCACUCCAUACUGCAGAUACAACGAACUUGUUCCCCCAUUAUGCCGCAGCACAAACCGGGGAGGAAUGAAGUUCGGUACAGAAAACCGUCGACCCGGCAGAUGUUCUCCAACUCUUGCCUCCAACACCUGUCCUCGAAUUCUAUUCGUGCGCCUGCCAGAGUGUACUGGGGUCUAAAGGUGUCCUUCUGUUACAUGCAGCAUAGAAUAGCACUCGUUUCGGUCAAUGUGACAACCUCAGAAAGUGACAUUCCGGAAAUAAUGGCUUAGGGCAACCGUUCUUCAUGGUGCUUCGCAUGCCGAGUUCUCAUACUGAGUCGACUCCUGACGGUGAUGUCGAUCAGU